CCCUCUCUCUCUCUCCUUUUCUUCUUUCCUUUUUUUUUUUCCCGUCUGACUACUACUUCCAUUCUCCCCCAAUUUAGUUUCAAUUUUAUUUUAAUCAUCCUCUCCUCUCCUUCUCCCAUCUUCUUCUGUCUCGAUUUGUCAUCUUAGGGUUUCUCAAUCCCUCCGCUGAAACAUUUGCCUCUGGAACGGUGUCGCUUGGCGAAGCUGAAGGCCUUCCUCCAAGAAAGCAGGAUAAAUCUGAUUCUUUAGCGCUCGACAAGAUGGGCUGCUUCACCGUCUUGAAAAAUAAGAAGAAGAAGAAAAGCGGGCACUUUGUGAACAAGAAACCUAUUAUCAGUCAGGAGAAUAUGGCUACCUCUCUUCCUGAACCAGAAUCUCGUGGUCCAUCGCUCCAAUCGGCUCCUCCAAGUUUCAGGAACAGAACCGAAUUGGCCCAAUCAGCUAGCCGAGUAGCUAACAGCAGAGCCCGAGCAUUGUCAGCUCCUUGUAGUCUUGUUGUGGUGGAUCACGAUGCGUUCUCAUCGAUAGAAUUGGAUGACCAAGAAGAAUUUAAGGGUAGAGGAGGAUCAGUAAAAGAACAGCGCUUUUCAAAUCCCCUGCCUCUCCCUUUACCAUCACCUCAAGCGACCUCUGGCUUGAAGAAUAGGGGUAGUUUCAAAUUGAGCAAUGUUAGUGGCCCUAUUCUGACUUCUGGUCCUUUGCCUUUGCCUCCGUCAGCAGGAGGAGGGCUUCGAAAUUUCUCCUUCGAAGAGAUUUCCUUAGCAUGCCAGCAAUUCUCUGUUGAUCGGUGUGUGUCAGAAGGUAUCUCAUCCACAGUUUACAAGGCAUCCUUUGGUGAUGACACCACAGGCUUCAAGAGGAUUGAAGCCACAGUCACUCGUUUGCUUCCUUCCUCGCAGGGGUUGAAGGAAUUUCUGAAUGAGGUGAACACAUUAGCAACCUUACAACAUCCUCAACUUUGUAAAUUGCUUGGUUUUCAUGCACGUGAGGGCUCUGAUGAACGGAUGUUGGUAUAUGAGAGGCUUUAUUAUGGAAGCUUAGAUCGACUUCUUUAUGGGAGAUCUGAUGGUCCUUCCAUUGACUGGAGUACACGGAUGAAAGUAGCCCUCUGUGCUGCACAAGGCCUUGCAUUUUUGCAUGAAGAAGGACCUUUUCAGGCCAUGUACAACGAGUUCUCAACUUCAAAUAUACAAGUUGACAAAGAUUUCAGUGCAAAGCUAUCGGGAUAUGGAUGUGUGAGCUCCAGUUCAGAGAUAGAGAUUACAAAUGCAACUGCUGCUACUGCAAAUCUAUCCGUGGAGACCUUGGAGAAAGGAUUGCUUACUCCCAAGAGUAAUGUAUGGAGUUUUGGCAUAGUCCUCCUUGAACUGCUGACUGGCAGGAAGAAUCUCGACGCUCGCUAUCAGAAAGAAGAACGGAACAUCAUCAAAUGGAGCAGACCUUUUCUCACUGAUGAUUGCCGUCUAUCCCUUAUCAUAGACCCCCGCAUCAAAGGGCGUUUCCCUCCCAAAGCUGCCCGGACUGUUGCUGAUAUUGCCUUGAAAUGCCUUCAGAAGGACCCCUCGGAGAGGCCUACCAUGAGGGCCAUCAUGGAAUCCCUUAAGAAUGUUCAGGAUAUGAAAUACCCCUGCCGCUAUCCUCUGCAAGAACCAUCUGCUGUGGCAGGCAAACAGAUGCUGAAAUCCCCUAGCCUCAAUGGAAUCACAAUCCCGCCGCCACAAUCAAAUUUUUCACCUUCACCCCCCUCAGGAUUCCAAACAUCAUCGUCACCAAGAACAUCCAUGAGCAUGCCUCUUCCCCCUCGAACUUGUUCUUUAACCAUCUCACUGGAAGAGAGUAGGAUCAAUGCUGUUAGGAAAUCACCUUCUCCUGUGCUGCUACGGAGGCCUGGGGUGGAAGGGUUUUAAUUGUUCAUAGUUUUUUCUCUUAUUAUUUUUUUGGUAUUUUUAUUAGUUUGUUUACAUUUCGUAAGUUGUAUUUCGAUUACUGAUAUACAAAGUGGAUGAUGUCUGUUCAUCUGCCCAUCUAACCCACAGGAAUAUCCAUGGGGUUAUGAUGACAAAUUGUGUAUAAAAGAAGUGUAAACCUUCUCUUGUGAAUGGAUUUCAGCUUUUUACAAGGAGUGAGGUGGACCUUGU